UAGUGCUUGACAAUUCCUUUAAUGUUUUGUAAAAACACGUGCUUAGCCAUGCAGUGCGAUAUAUGAUUAUGAAUUAUAUUAAAUGUCUUAUUAUAUAAUUAAAAAUGCCUCCAUAUAAAGCUGGCUUGAAACGAAAAGUUACAUCAGAUACAAAAAGUGAUAACGUUGUGGAAGAUAAAGAUUUAAAUAGUGAUAAUGAAGUAGAAGACUUGCUCCAAGGGGAUUUGGAUAAGGAAAGCGAUGCAACUGACUCGGACCAUGAAGUAGACGACACCGGCUCAGAUGGCGAAAGAGACGAGGUAUUAUUUGAUGACAGCGCAGACUCAGUGUUAGAAGAAGAUCCUCAUUCUGAGGAAUCAUUAGAUGAAUCAUCAGAUCUUACAGAUUCAGAGGGCACUGGAUCAGCAGAUAGUGAAAAUGAUGAUGCAGAUGAUGAUGCAGACGAUGGCGCAGAUGAUGAUGAUGAUGAUGAAGGGAGUCAACAAGAAUCUGAAGACGAACAGAGUGCUGAUAGUGGUGCUGAAACGGGAACGGCUCUAUCAGCUUCUGGUUCAAGUGAUGAAUCAAAUAAAAAGAAUCAGGUUUUAAAAGAAGAAAAUAAAAAAACAAGUGUAAAACAGACAUCUCCAAAAAAUAAACCAAAAAAACAAAAACAGAAGAGGAAAAUGCAAAAGAGCAUAGAUGUGUUAGCUAGUAAAAUACAAGAAGCUAGAGUUUCAAUUGAACCUGUACAACAAAAAGAUGAGUAUGAAUCAGGUGACACUUCAGAUGAAGAGGAUCGUGUUAAUACGGCCGGAGAGAUUCCCAUGUGGUGGUACAAUGAGUACCCACAUGUGGGGUAUGAUCUUGACGGCCGUCGCCUCAUUAAGCCACCACAACGGGAUCACAUCGACGAGUUUCUUAAGAAAUGUGAGGACCCAGAGUUUUGGCGGACAGUGCGUGACCCCUCUACAGGACAAGACAUUGUGCUCUCCAAAGAGGACCUACAAAUGUUGGAGCGCUUGCGACAAUCACGCAUACCGAGUGCCACACAUGACGAGUAUGAGCCGUGGGUGGAGUGGUUCAGUCGUGAGGUGCUGGCGACGCCGCUGCGCGCCUUCCCCGAGCACAAGCGCUCGUUCCUGCCCUCCCGCUCCGAGCAGAAGCAGAUCGCGCGCAUCGUGCACGCCUUGAAAAUGGGGUGGACCAAGACCAGGAAGCAGAUAGCCGACGAGCGGAAGAAGAAAAAGGAGCGGCAGUUCUACAACCUGUGGGGCGCGGGGGGCGCGGGGCGCGCGGGGGGCGCGCCGCGCUCGCUGCCCGCGCCGCGCCGCGCGCUGCCCUCGCACGCCGAGAGCUACAACCCGCCGCCCGAGUACCUGCUCGACAAGCGGGAGAUGAAGGAGUGGGAGAAGCUGAGCGAGACGCCGUGGAAGCGCAAGUACACGUUCCUCCCGACGCGCCACGCCAGCCUGCGCGAGGUGCCCGCCUACCCGCGCUACGUGCGCGAGCGCUUCCUGCGCUGCCUCGACCUCUACCUCGCGCCGAGGGCGAUCAAGAUGCGCCUGACCAUUAAUGCGGAGGACCUAGUGCCGAAGCUGCCCUCGCCGCGUGACUUGCAGCCGUUCCCCACGACCGAGGUUCUGCGCAUCACCGGCCAUGAGGCGCUCGUGCGCAGCGUGGACUUCGACCCUUCGGGACAGUACAUCGUGUCCGGCAGCGACGACGGAACCGUCAAAGUGUGGGAGACGAGCUCGGGGCGCUGCCUGCGCACGGUGCGGCUGGGCGCGGGCGUGGCGCGCGUGGCGUGGACGCCGGCGCUCGGCCUCAGCCUCGUGGCCGUGGCGCUGGCCCGCCGCCUGCUGCUGCUCAACCCCGGCGCGGACAUCGGCGCGCACCGCGUGGCCGCCGACACCGACGCGCUGCUCGCCGAGCCGCCGCCCGCGCACGACGUGCUGAUGGACGAGCGCACGUCGUCGUGCGUACAAUGGGAGGUCGUGGAUGCGGAGCAGUGGGCCCGCGGCGUGCGAGUCGCCGUCGCGCAUUUCAAGCCCGUCACACACGUGGCGUGGCACGCGCGUGGUGACUACGUGGCGGUGACGCUGGCGGACGGCGCGGCGCGGGCGGUGGUCGUCCACCAGCUGUCGCGUCGUCGCAGCCAGCUGCCCUUCCGCCGUGCCAAGGGUCUCGUACAGUGCGCCGUGUUCCACCCGCACCGCCCUCUUAUCUUCGUGGCGACGCAGCGCGUGGUGCGCGUGUACGACUUGGUGAAGCAGGAGCUGGUGCGCAAGCUGCAGACGGGCGCGCAGUGGAUCAGCGCUAUCGCCGUGCACCCAGCCGGAGACAACCUGCUCGUCGCGUCGUACGACCGCAAGCUCGUCUGGUUCGACCUGGAGCUGUCGGCGCGUCCCUACCAGACGCUGCGCCUGCACGGGGGAGCGGUGCGAGCCCUUGCCUUCCACCGCCGCUACCCGCUGUUCGCGUCGGCCGGCGACGACCGCUACCUCGUCGUGGCCCACGGCAUGGUCUACAAUGAUUUGCUUCAAAACCCGCUCCUGGUUCCCCUGAAGCAGCUGCCAGGUCCCGAGCGGUGCGGUGAAUUGUGUGUGCUGGACGUCCGCUGGCACCCCUCACAGCCGUGGCUGCUGGCUGCCGCCGCAGACAACACAAUGCGACUCUACGCUUAAAAUUAGAUUUCUAAAAGAAAUAUAUACAUUAUUAUGUAAAAGUA